CGUAGGGCGCGCGGCGGCCGCGCAGCAAGCGGUCGCUCUGAAGAGAUCACUCUCUAGUUAAAGAUGGCUGCCGAUACCUCUGUUGAAAUACUUCAGAAAGUUCUGGAGAAUGAAAUACUUCAGACUACCAAGGUUGUGGAAGAACAUCUGGAUGCUGAAAUGCAGAAGCUGGACCAAAUGGAUGAAGAUGAAUUGGAACGCCUUAAACAAAGGAGGCUUGAGGCACUAAAAAAGGCCCAACAGCAGAAACAAGAGUGGCUUUCAAAAGGACAUGGAGAAUACAGAGAAAUCCCAAGUGAGAGAGACUUUUUCCAAGAAGUCAAAGAAAGUAAAAACGUGGUUUGCCAUUUCUAUAGAGAUACAACUUUCAGGUGCCAAAUAUUGGAUAAACAUUUGACUGUAUUGGCAAAAAAGCAUGUUGAGACAAAAUUCUUGAAAUUAAAUGCUGAAAAAUCUCCUUUCUUGUGUGAAAGACUGCGCAUCAAAGUAAUUCCCACUCUAGCACUAGUAAAAGAUGGAAAAACACAAGACUAUGUCGUGGGCUUUACUGAUCUCGGUAACACUGAUGACUUCACUACAGAGACCUUAGAAUGGAGAUUAGGCUGUGCAGACAUAAUUAAUUACAGUGGAAACUUGAUGGACCCACCUUUUCAAAGUCAAAAGAAAUUUGGAACAAGCUUUACGAAGUUGGAUAAGAAGACCAUCAGAGGAAAGAAAUAUGAUUCAGAUUCUGAUGAUGACUAGAAGAACAGCUAAAUGUAUUUGUAAAUCAUCUUUUGUUUAUGCUUGGUACAUUUCUAAGAAUGUUUUUUAUAAAGCUUACUGCUUUUCGUUACAUCUGCACAUAAUGCUCAUUUUUCUAUACAGUUUUAUACAACUGAGUCAUAGCAGAAAAAAGCUUAAAUAUUUUUUUUCCUCUUUUGGAAGUCAUUUGUAAUUCAAAAAUCUGAGUCCUUCUAACUAAAUAGCGUGACAAAUUAUGAACUUUGUCUUAAGUAUAAGUUCAUGAAGUGUUUUGAAGUAGCCGUUAGAAACAACUGUACCAAGUCAGACCAAAGGUCCCUCUGGCCCAGCAUCCAGUCUCAGUGGCAGAAAGCAGAUGCACAAGGAAGAAUAAAAACAGCAUGAGCCGAUAGCAAUGCUUCCCCAGAAUAUACUUGAAGCGAUCUGUGGCUUGGGGAACUCUGCAUCUG